AGAUUGCAGGGAGCAUCCCUUUGCUGGGAUCGCGUGUUGGGCCACACUACUUUUUCAAGUGUCCCCGACAAAUUAUUUUUGUGUUCCCCGAGUCAUUCGCGCUGUCUGGGGAGUCGUGGUAACCGACUUGGAGCUCAUUAUUGCCAAAGGAGGCGAUCCUGGUACCCCGAAAACUAAUGACAGGUUCUGGGGACAUGUUUAGUCUGUUUUUCGGAUGGUUGCAAACUUUUGGGGACGUAACGAUUUGGAGCGAGCGAUGUUGUCGCCAGGAUUAGUAACGAACAAGUCGGGUUUGACUGAUGGGUUUGUGAGUUUUUGGAGCCGCACUGAACUUCUCCUGGGCUAUGAGGGUUGGACUUGAGGGUGUGGUGGAGGUUAAGUUGGGUUGUGAAUGUAGCGGUUUAACCAAUCGCGCGGAGAUGAUUUCCGAAAUGGUGGAGAACAUACUGGGUUAAGGUGUUGGGUCAGGGUGUGAAGGUCGAAAUUCAAGGGUUUCUGAGGGCGAGGGCUUGUGUGUGUUCGCUGCCUGGGGAGUGGUUUUCUGUGGAGAUAUUUAGCAGGUGCCAGGGCCAUAUGUGAUCAAGGAUCUUGAUGAAGCAUUGAAGAUUUCCAAAGUCAAUUGAGCUUUCUCUCUGUGUUGAGGAUAACUAAAUUUGGUUAGAGAGCUGUUGAUUUCGAAUUUUUGUCAAGGUUAUUAUCGCGUAUAUUCAACGAAACACAUGAGAUGAAAAUGUUGGUUUAUGAUGAGUGGGGCUGGUGCAAUCAACGUGAUGGCUAGUUAGGCGCCGUAGAGCGGUGAGUAAUGCCGUUUGCUUACCUCACAUUCUUGACCCUACGUACAGAGGUCGGUAGCUGGAAGAAAUCCUUGGGUUUUUGAAUGGAGGUUUUUUAAAAGCAGGAGGUUUCUUGUUCUUUUCUCUCACUUUACAGGUGAGUAGCUGGCAUUAUUAUUGCGCUAGAACGACGGGGGGGGGGGGGAUGCGGGGCGUGUGAGUUUACAAUCAAUUCAAUUUGGAGUCAUAUUGUAUGCCUUCUAGAAAAAGUUGCACGAUCUUGAGUUUAACUUGAAUCUGCGGUAUGAAAGAGGAGCUUGGAGUGACAAUGAAGUUGGUACGAUUCUUGGCUGGGGGUGUUGGAUUUAUGAUUUGUUUGUCGGCUUGUUGGUUCGGCUACUUGAGCAAUGAAGACUCAAAUUGUAUUGUUGCGAGGUCUAUGUCUCGCCCUAAUUUGAGCUAAGGCACGUGUUGUUCUGGAAGGUCGUAGAUGAGGUGCAGGCUUCCCAUGCUGACAGUGAGUUUGAAUUUUUCUGCUUCUAUGGAUUUCGUCUACCAUGCAUGGUACUGAACGGGGAUGCAAUCACAUGUUUUUUCUGAUGGUAGUCAUUCAGUGUGUCAUUCGUAAAGUUGGUAAAUGUGAGGUCUAUUAUGGUAUUACACUCUAAUGUGGUGAAGAGGAGUUCAAUCUGGUUAUGAUCGAUGAGUAAGGGCAGGACUGAGAGAACAUUUGUUCAUCGUUAAAUUUGUUUACUGCCGAACUGGUUAUGCAGGGACUAAUGGUUUAGUUUAGCGAUGUGGAGGGAUCGAUGCCUUUAACAGGUCCCAUUCCUCCACAGUCUUGAAAAAUUGUGUGUAGAAAUUAAAGCAAACACUGGAGAAGAUGGGUGAACUUGGUUAUCAGGAUUUGCUAUCAAAAUGCAUCGAGGGUGGGCUUCCAGGAGGUGGCAAUCUAAUAUCAAGUUCAAAGUUAGAGGUGAAAGCAGAUCCUGCUGCAGGAAAAGGUCGGUUCUUGGAAAACUCGACAAGUGGUUCUAGGGAAGAUACUUCUGGAGCUUCUGCAGGGUCCCUCGCAGAAUCCGAUGUUGGACACAGCAGAGGCACAGGAAUGGAUGCGACAGGUUUGGAGAAACGCAACUCUCAGGUUACCACUGUACCUAAAAGUGUUGGCGCAGGUCGUUUGGGAAGAAAAGCUUUGCGGACUGAGGAGUUAAAAAUUGAUAAGGUUCCUCUGUCGCUUUUAAAAUCCAUGAGGACAAGUGACAAAGUGUGCCCUGCUGUUCUAGCGAGUCAUAAUGUGGAGGGCUGUAAUGCUAGAAAUGAUUCCGCACCGCCAAUGUUCUCGUUCAGAAGUCUAAUAGAAGGUGCCAUCAGUGCGUCUAGGGUUCGGCCUUGUACUACCUCACGGAAUAGGGCAGAACCAGACAAGCAAGGUAUACCACCAAGUGUUGAACCGCAGAAUAGCAUGUUUUUGGCUGAGAAACGCCCUCCUCCAGUUCGGAGUGCACUCUUUGGCGACAGAAAUGAUGCUGUAUGUAAAGGAAACUCAACUCCGCGAACUCAUCGCGAGAAGAGGCUUCGUCCAGGUAAGGGGAUGCCAGAAUCCUGGGUAGUUCAGAAGAGUGCACCACGCACACAUGGUUCUGGAUCAUCAAUUAAAGACACUGUUGGUGACAACGUCCCGCAUGUCUCCUACGCUUCACUUCUGCAAGCUCAAUUGGGUGGUUCCCACUCCCAGAGAACUCUGCACAAAAAUGCGGGGAAUACGGAACCUCAUUCUUCAUCGGUUAACUUGCUGUCACAAUCCGUUGAAGUAAAAAACGGGUUUUUGUCACUACUUACUCAGACCACUCCACUGCUUUCUUCUGUUUCAGUAAGAGUAAAUUUUCCACCGCCUGCUCCAAAUUCUAUUGAUAAGAAAACAUCGGAUUUCCGCCUUUUUGAAGAAUCCUCCAGAGACCAUGCCGUACAUGACUCCCGAUCCCCGAACAACAUCCCUGAAAGUGACUUGUUAAAAACUUCUGCUCGCCCUGGUUCGCCAUUGCUCACAAGAUUAGAAGAAAAUGCUUCACAGACAGAGGUUUUGGGACCAUUUAGUUCCCUUGUGGCUGAUUCUACAUGUAAUUACAAGGGAGUAUUAGAUGCUCAGCUUCGGAUACAAUCCUCUGACUCGUUUGCUGUUUAUGAAUCACGGUUCAUAGACAUUCCCUUAGAGAAGGAUACUAUGGGCUCAUCAGAAGCGGCUGUGGUCCCAGCAUCAUCUAAGCAGAGAAGUAAAGAAGAGGAUGUUCCAUCGACAGUUGUGUUGGAUCGAGAAAGUUUUCUGUUGGCUGAUUCUCCAUGUACUGACGAGAGGAUGUCCGAACUUGAACUUUUGGAAGAAUUAUCACGAGCCCUUGCUUUACAUGAAUCACGAUUUGCAGAGAGUGUAUUGAAUGGGGAUGCUAUGGACUCGUCAGAUGCUGCCGUUGGUCCCGCAUUACUGGCCACAAGAACAAAAGAAGACGAUUCACAGGCUGAAGUUGUGAUGCCCAAUUCUGUGCCUACCCACAAUAGGAUAUUGAACGUCCAAUUUUCUGAAAAAGCUUCCAGCAAGUUUGCUGUGCGUGAAUUACAGCUGGCAGUCAAUUUGCUAAAAAAAGAUUGUACAGGCUUGUCAGAAACUGCUGCGUUGUCAACAUCCUCAUUGACAGGAAUAGAUGAAGAUGUUCCGGCGCGAAGAAUCGUGGUCGAAAUGGAUGCAGAGCUUUGUGGAGAUCCAGUGGUUUACCCUGAAAGAGGCAGAAAUAACGAACUGAACUUCAUCCCCAUGCCGAAUGACUCUGCGUUAGCCAAUCCUUCCCAUGGGCCAGUGUUCGACGACAUUUCACAAGCUUCUUUAGAAAGUCUGGAGAUUAAAAAUUUAUGUGCUGAAGGUCAAAUGGAUUCUAUGAGACUUGGGACGACAUUGCAGUCUUCCUGCCAAGCGGUUGGGAACCAACUUAGGGAUGUAAUAGGAGAUUCCGAAGAGACAUUAAGGGAUAACAUGUACGAUGCUCAGGUGAAGUGUGGAACCCAUGGUGUAUCGGAAACUAUCGAAAUCGAACCUAUUGACGCCACAAGGUUCAGGGAUUUAAUGGUAUGCAAUGCUCCUGUGCAAGGGCUUGUGUUUAAAGAACCAGCAGAUAUGUCUAAUGAUGAGCGCUUGUUUUCUAAACAGGAAAAAGCUUUCCCAUUGAAUUCUAAUGUCACUGAAGAAAAUUUCUCCUUAUUUUUACCUUUGGAUGGGCAGAGCUUAGACAAAGAGCCAUGCUUUGUUCCAGGGCAUUUGGAAAGUCCACCAUUUCUAGGUGACGGUAGGUCCGAUCGAACAGACGAUAGGACUGCCGUUGGAUGUUCCUUGGAAGCAGACCUUAAGCAAACAGAAUAUGUGAAAGCCAUGUUUGAGAAAGGGCAUAAGGACAAGACAUGCAAUGCUCAAACUUCUUCAGCAGGAAAAUUGCUGUUGAAACCAGAGACGGAUAAAAAAGUUCAGGAUGUUAUGCUGGAAAAGGAGUCGGACAUUUCUAAAUGUCAAGCUGUACAUGAUGUCAAAGACGAUUUGAAAAUGGACGCCUUAGCAGAAAAGUCCUUCUCAUCUGUGCCUCUUGAUGGACUCGUGGUGAUUGAAGAAUCUCAUGCUGCUCCUGCAAGUUUGGAAGUUAUAUUAGCCUGCGCUGAGGGUGGGUUUGAACCUUUAGAUGCGGGGGAUGUUGCAGGGCCUUCCUGGCAAGCGGGUCCAAAUCAUGUAAAAGGCACAAAAGGAGCGGUUCUAAUAGAACAAGAGGAUGAUCUCUGUGAUGUUCAAAUGAUCGAUAGUUUUAUGGAUCAGGAUGCUGAAUCUGAAGAGCAGCGAUUGAAAGGUGAAGAUUCUGGAAAUGGCCCACAGAAGAGUUGUGUUGAAAAUGCGGAAAUAACAUUAACCACUUCAUCACUGCAUGUCUAUAGAAAUCUUCGUGUUGAAGAACGCAUUCACUCUAAUGAAAGUAACGGCAUGAACAGCCUAAUAGUAGUUGCACACUCUAGGUUUGCAGAUGAGAGAGCAGAACAGAAACACAAGCUGAGGAGACUUGAAGGUUUUAGUGAUGUUGAUAACCAUCCGGAAAUAGAGCAGCACAUAGUUAAUAUUCGUGCAGUUAAGAUGCCCGAGACACAGAUGGCAAUACUAUCGUACUCAGAAUGCCAAGUUAUGAAGCAAGGUGACCAGCUCUUAAGUAUGGAUCCUGAUGCAAUUUCUGAGGGACUUCGGCAAGUAUUUUUACGGGAUAACGAUGCUACUCUUUCAGAUUCGCUGGAAACUAUACAAGUUACUGAAGCAGGAUUUGGAGUCGCUGAAGAGACGGGAAGAGAGGUACAGUCACUACUAGAAAGGAAGUUUAAAGAAAGACACCUUGACGAUCUUCGGGAUGAGGACUCUAUUCAUUUCAAGGGUCGCAUUAGACACCUUGAUGACCUUGAAGAGAACGGAAGACAGCCAUGUGCUUCACAAUUGAUUAGGGCUGUUCACAAUCAGUUGGCAGGCACAGAGGUUCUAGAUCGGAAGAAAAAGAGCAGGCCACGAGUAUACAAUCAUGAGAAAUCUCUUCAAGGAAAAGGGAAGUCUCACUUUCAUGUAUCAGGAGUUGAAAGAAAGUGGCCCUUACAGACCCAGAAAGAUAGUGGUAAUCGCUGCAGGCGCAAUCGACACAUAGAUCCAGAUCAUCGAGUCCCCGUCUUUAUCGAAGGUCGCGACGAGGGGUUUGAGGAGACGAAUGAUGGUGCAUUCUUGCGUUGGCUGUCUUAUCAAGAUGAAGGGAAUGGUGCACCAUCUCCAACUGCAGGAAAGAGACCUCGCAAGAAUAGCCGGGAAAUGGAGAAACACAUAAUAGCAAUUCCAUCUUUUCGAGUUGUUGCUGACUAUGAAAACAGACAGCAAGAAGUUGAGACGAGAAGGAAGCAGAUCUUAGCGCGAUCACACACUGUGCGGCCGUCAGAUUAUGACAUGGAUGAUGAAGAUGAACGAUGGCUGCAUGCAUGGAACAAGCAGCUGGCUAGUGUUGGCUUAAAGCAGCCGAUUUCUGAAGACAAGUUUGAAGAGAUCAUUGAGUUUUUCGAGAGAAAGGCAACCCAGUUGGAUCCAAUUCCAGCUGCGGAUGUUCUAGGACAUUCCAUACCUGGUGGUUCUCUACGAAUCGUCUCCCCAUCAGGUAUUAACCAAGCCAAUUUAGGUGUUACAGUUCCAGAAAAUGUACCUGUAUUGAAUCCAUCAAUAUUACGAUCUGGGCACACUUGGUCUGCCGGGGAAGGGGCUGUAGCGUCUUCAUCAAUCCAGGGUGACGUCAUUGAGAGAGAACCUGCCUCUCCAGCCAGUACAGUACGACUUCACACAUGGGCUUCAGAAAAUGAAAAGAACACUUGCAAAUUUGUUGUAGAUACUGUGAGCAAAAGGCCAAGUGAACGCUCAUUACAGAAAUCUUUCGACCCUCGUUUGCUGAACUCAAGUGACGACUGUUGCAUAUGUAACGGGGGGAAAGUUGAGGAGAAUAAGCCGGUGAAUACGUGCAAGCAAUGCUUUGUACAUGUCCAUCAAUCAUGCUCUGGCACCCGUGGAAAGCUUCAUGAUGACCAGAGUCGAGUUAUUGCACCUGCAUAUAGGUAUUGUCGCAAUUGUGAGGAGGUGGCUGAUGGCACAAUACAGUCUAGUGUUAGUUGUGCUUUGUGUCCAAAGAAAGGCGGCGCUUUGAAGCCUACAGUAGUCACUCAGAAGUGGGCUCAUGUCACUUGUGCUCUUCAUACCAAUGAAACUUCAUCUGUCGACCCUGAUGUGAGGGAACCUAUUGACAGUAUUACUGCAGUAGUGGAAAGGGCUCACGAACAAGAAGAUCGGUGCGGCUUAUGUGGGAUGAAUAAGGGCAUCUGUUCAGUUAAGGGUUGUAGAGCACCAUACCGUAGCUCUUUUAAAGCAAGCCAGGCGGCGUUAUUAGAGUUGCGGCAACCGGAUCAGGAAGCGGGAGGUGUCCGUUCCAUUUGCCCUCGCCAUGCGCGCACAACUCCCACAUCUAAGGAUAAUUUAAUGUUUAGCUGUAGUAUUAGCAGUGAAGCCACCCCUUCCGGCGCAGCCGGUGGCAGCAUUUCAACAGCUUCCUCUACAGACUGCAGGCACGAAGGCUCUCCUAGGCAAAGCAUUUCACACCAAGAUGUAAGUUUCGUACAGCAACUCCGGCGGGGCAAAAAUUCAAGUACAGAAGUUGCUGAUUUUACAGAUAGUGUGAUGAGCGUCAACGGGAAGCGUAUCGAGGAUGCAUGUAGGCUCAGAGGUAUACGUUUCAUUUUGAAACGUAGAAGGGAUGAGUCUUGCACUCAAUUAUCCGAAGAUGAAGUCUCAGAUGACCCUCAGCAGAAAGUUUCUAACGGAACAAGAGAUUUUAAAGAUAAGAUCGAAGCUCAGACGUGUAAAUCUAUAUCGCAUGUGGUUGAAUGUGGACAGAAGCCGAAGAAGACCAAAUUUAAAGUCGGAGGUCUUGCUCAUAAUCAACAUUCAGAAUCAUUACCCACGCUUAUCCAGCAUGAAUGCAAAAGCAGUGAGGAUCUACAGCCUGAGAAAAGCAAGGAGCUUCUUCCUGUAGUGGAUCAAUUGGCUGGUGAUGCUGCUAUGACGGACAAGGGUUCGCAGAUUUUAAGGAGCUUAACUGAAGACAGGUUUGUCAAAGAAGUCAAAGAACUUAUAAUUCUUGAAGAGGCAAUGCUUGCAGGUGUAGCGCCUCUACGUGUUAUGCGGGAAGCAUUUGUGUACUGGCGUGCCAAGCGAGCAGAGCAUGACGGUUCACUACUACGUGAAGUACACCACGAGCAAUUGUCAAAAUCCCAGGGUAUCUUCAACAAGGAUGCAAGUUUUGAGGAAAAUGCUGCUCGUGAGAAGAUGGGCUCUCUACCUCCUGUUCCACCAGCACAGCAACUAUUACCAAUGUCUUCUGAGAAGAUGCUGGAGAAGACCAAGGAGCUGCGGAAGCAGCUGGAGCAUCUGCGCACCAUGAGCCAAAUGGUGGUCCAACGUGAGAAACUCAAAUACAACCGACAGCUUGUACUUGGUACUAUAGCCUGGGCUGAGCAAAACAAGGCUGACAAUACAUCAAGAGUACGGUAUUGUGUUUGGUGUCCUUCAACUAAAACACUGUUGAGCUGUCAAACAUGUCCGCGCAGCUUUUGCUUCAACUGUUUCAAACAUCGGAAGGGUUUUGGAGUUAAGGGUUGGAUGGCUGCGAUGAAACAACCUCUAUACAGGUGUCACUAUUGCCGGAAGCUCUCGGCUAAAAUAGCAGACUUGUCUACUGAUUUGAAUUUAGCGCCAAAACAAUUUCUGGGUGGUGGGGUAAUUAGCACCUCAGCUAUUGUAGGUAAACCUGGAGGUGGGGAUAGAGAGAAGGGAAUUAGGAAAGGACGUGGUAAAGGAAGGAAUUGGCAAGAGAGUGAGUACCUCAUACCUGCACCAUUUACACUAGCUGAAGGUGGGAUAAUGGAUCUAGGAAGCAAGACCAUGUAUGUAAAUGAAGAGAGUACCAUGGCACGAGGGAUUAGAAGUGGUAAAGGAAAAGCUUGUACUAGAAGGGAAAAUGUAGGGAAUUGUUCUCCAACCCGUAGUACUCUGAUGAAUUCUUGCAAUGGGAAGGGGGUCAACAAUCAUGGUAAGCCCGACCUGCUUGAGACGGGAUUGAAGAAAUUCCUGAAUACUACCGAUGGCGAGAUGGAACAUUCCAGCUUCGAAACCACGCUUCUAAGACUGAAUCUCCUUCGGUGUACAAAUGCAGACGUCCAUCAGGAUGUGACAAUGUCAGUGGGAGAUCCAUCCAAGAAUGCGGUAGUAGAUUUUGCAGAUGCUGGAGACUCAGGUCCUGUUUUUAGAAGAGUGGAGGGUGCUGCACCAAGCUUAGGCAAUGCUGGAAAUAAUUUUGGUCUAGUCAGUCCUUCUGCUGCGCCUUCUCCUGCAUUACUUGUGUACAAGACAAAGAGGAAGUUUAUUUUGGAAAUAUGCUACAUAGAAAUGAAUGAGCAGCUACCAAGCUUUGGAGUAAACUCCUGCCAGUUCACACAUCGACGUAGAGAAGGGGAAGAACUACUACCGCUGAGGUCGCUAACAUCGACCCCCAUUUCCCCCUAAGCUUUGAGAGGCCCGGGUGGCAGAAAUGAGGAACAGACCCUUGUUUUGUUUUUGUUUUGUUUUGUUUUCUUUUCUUUUUUGAACUUAUAUACAAGAGCAACAAACUAUAACUAAAAUAACCCAUUAUGCUAUUCUUCUAUAAUAUUGUGAAUUGUUAGGUUGCUUUGGAGGAUCUUUGAAUUCCAUUUGAUUAUCAUAUUGGAUUUAAAUCUAA